AUCAUCGCAUCUUCACCUUCUCUUUUCCUCCUUCCCUUCAAACUCCCCAACUCCACCUGUCUCUCUCCUCCACUCACUCUCUACAGUAUGUUUGGGGCACGGUUGGUGAUUUCUUUUCGUCCUCUUGCUGGCUAAAUCUCCGCUGCCAAUUCGUACCGCACCUACUCCCUGUCCGGGCCCAGACUAAGCCACCGAAUCCCCCGAAUCCUGUUCGUCAACCCAGCUCCGAAUCGACCGACCGCUGCAAAACCACCUUGAUCGCUUGCUUUGCUUCCCUCCACUCCCUCAGAUACGAGAAAGGAACGACAAUCCUCCUGCACCUCCCAUCGCAAAUUAAUCUUUCUUGCAGUUGAGCCGGGCUUGGCUACGAUGGCCGCGGCACGCCACAUGCGUCGCACUAGUCCCAUCACCUUGCUACUGGCGGCUUUGCUAGCCUUCGGCUUCCUGUGCUUCUUGCUCUCCCCAUCCCCUUCCGCCGCCGCUGCGGCCGCCGGUGGUAACGCACCCCCCGACCUCGACCCCUCACAACUCCGCCGCGAAGACGCGGCCGAGCACCCACUGUCACCACCGACGAAACCCUUCCUCAAAUCCCAAGCUGUCCGCGAGGAUGGCCACGCCGCGGCGCCGCCGGUGGAACACUACAACCUGAACGCGCUGACGAGCACCAGCGACGCAGCACGGAAAGGCGAGCGGGUGCUCAUCCUGACGCCGCUGGCGCGGUUCUACCAGGAAUACUGGGACAACGUGGUGGCGCUGAGCUACCCGCACGAGCUGAUUUCUGUCGGGUUCAUCGUGCCCAAGACCAAGGACGGCAACGCGGCGGUCGCAGCGCUGGAGCACGCGAUCAGCGUCACCCAGAACGGGCCGGUGGCCGACCGGUUCGCCAGCGUCAGUAUCUUGCGGCAGGACUUCGAGCCGCCGCUGCAGUCGCAGGACGAGAAGGAGCGGCACAAGCUGGAGAACCAGAAGGCGCGCCGCGAGUCGAUGAGCCUGGCGCGCAACAGCCUGCUGUUCACGACGCUGGGUCCCGCCACCUCGUGGGUGCUGUGGCUGGACUCGGACAUCAUCGAGACGCCCCCCACGCUCAUCCAGGAUCUGACGGGCCACGACCGCCCCGUCAUCGUGCCGAACUGCUUCCAGCGCUACUACAACAAGGACGCCAAGAAGAUGGACGUCCGGCCGUACGACUUCAACUCGUGGAUCGAUAGCUCCACGGCGCAGCAGUUGGCGGACACGAUGGGGCCCGACGAGAUCCUGCUCGAGGGCUACGCGGAGCUGCCCACCUACCGCAGUCUCAUGGCCUACAUGGCCAACAAGGACUACCCGCAACCGGGGCGGGAGAUCCGACUGGAUGGCGUGGGCGGUACCGCGCUGAUGGUCAAGGCGGACGUGCACCGCGACGGGGCGAUGUUCCCGGCGUUCCCGUUCUAUCACUUGGUGGAGACGGAGGGAUUUGCCAAGAUGGCGAAGCGGCUGGGGUACGAGGUGUUUGGGUUGCCGGAUUACUUUGUAUACCACUACAACGAGUGAUGCACCACCGACAUGUGGAUGGAUGCGCUGUGCGCUUGUGCGUUAAUCAAUCGGCGUUGGGUGGCGUGUGGCCAGAGGUUUGAUUUCAUGUUCGUAUCUGUACUUAUACCUAUAGAGCCCCCCAAAAAUAAAAAAAGAAAGAUGAACAAUAAUCCAGAUUUCUC